AGGGAGAAGACUCCCGGCGUUUGGAGGAGGAGGAGGAAGGGGGCUGGAGGGGGUCCCUCCGGAGCGCCUCCCCCUCUUCUUCUUCUUUUCUCCUCCUCCUCCUCUUUUCCCUCCUUCCUUUCUGCCUCUCCUCCUCCUCUUUCUGCUCUUUGAGCGCCGCGAGGAGAGAGAGCAAGAGAGGAAGCAAAGAAGAGAGAGCGAAAGAAGAAGCCCCGGAGGAGGAAGAAGGCUGCUGCUGUUGCUGCUGGGGAUGGUCUGAGCAGAGGAGGCAGAGGGCUGGGGGGGCUGCUCCGGAGCGAUGCUGGUGCUGGCCGUCCUCUGGGUCGCCUCCGGGUCCGGCGCCGCCUUCGCCCAAGUCCUACAGACCCGCUUUGUCGAGGAGCCCGAGGACCAGACGGUGGUGGCCGGGCAGAGGAUUGUGCUCUCCUGCGUGGUGCUGAACUACUCUGGGAUCGUGCAGUGGACCAAGGAUGGCUUGGCCCUGGGGAUGGGGCAGGGCCUCAAAGCCUGGCCACGCUACCGGAUCAUCGGGUCGGCCGAGUUGGGCCAGUACAACUUGGAGAUUGUGGACGCGGAGCUCUCCGAUGAUGCUCUGUACGAGUGCCAGGCCACGGAGGCUGCCCUGCGAUCCCGGCGCGCAAAGCUGACCGUCCUCAACCCUCCCACGGUGACCCUCUCCAUCCAACCUCAGACGGUGCAGGAAGGCGAGCGGGUCACCUUCACCUGCAUGGCCACCGCCAACCCAGAGAUCAAGGGCUACAGAUGGGCCAAAGGAGGCACAAUCAUCGAGGAUGCCAAAGAGAGCCGUUACGAGACCCAGGUGGACUAUACCUUCUUCACAGAGCCGGUCUCCUGUGAGGUCCACAAUGACGUGGGCAGCACCAAUGUCAGCACCUUGGUGGAUGUCCAUUUCGCUCCUCGCAUCGUAGUGGACCCAAAGCCCAUGACCACUGACAUCGGCUCAGACGUGACUCUGACCUGCGUUUGGGUGGGCAACCCGCCCCUCACCCUCACCUGGACCAAGAAGGAGUCCAACAUGGUCCUGAGCAACAGCAACCAGUUGUACCUGAAAUCCGUCACGCAGGCAGAUGCGGGGCAAUACGUCUGCAAGGCCAUCGUCCCCCGGAUCGGGGUGGGCGAGCGUGAGGUUGCCCUCUUGGUCAAUGGUCCUCCUAUCAUUUCCAGUGAGUCGGUCCAGUACGCUGUGCGGGGUGACCGGGGGAAAGUGGAGUGUUUCAUCGGGAGCACUCCUCUUCCCGACCGAAUUGCCUGGGGUUGGCAGGAGAAGACGCUGGAGACAGGGACGCUGGAGCGCUACACAGUGGAGCGGAGCAACAACGGCAACGGGGUCCUGUCCACCUUGUCCAUCAACAACGUCAUGGAGGUUGACUUCCAGACACGCUACAACUGCACUGCAUGGAACAGCUUCGGGUCCCGGACGGCCAUCAUUCAGCUGGAGGAGAAAGAGGUUUUGCCGGUGGGGAUCAUUGCUGGAGCCACUAUCGGGGCUGGCAUCCUGGUCAUCUUCUGCAUCGCUGGCUUGGCCUGCAUCCUCUACCGGCGCCGGAAAAGAAGCAGGAAGGACGUGAACUUGCGGAAGCUGGACAUCAAGGUGGAGACGGUCAACCGGGAGCCCCUGACGCUGCACUCGGACCGGGAGGAGGACACGGCCAGCGUCUCCACGGCCACCCGCGUCAUGAAGGCCAUCUACUCGCCGUUCAAAGAUGAUGUAGACCUGAAACAAGACCUGCGCUGCGACACCAUCGACACCCGGGAAGAGUACGAGUUGAAGGACCCGACCAAUGGCUACUACAACGUCCGAGCCCACGAGGACCGACCCUCAUCCCGCACGGUGCUCUACGCUGACUACCGCAACCCGACAACCACACGGUUUGACGGCCGGCCUUCCUCCCGGCUCUCUCACUCCAGCGGCUAUGCCCAGCUCAGCACCUAUGCCCGGGGUCCCACCUCAGAUUACAGUGGAGACCCUGGUCCGGGUCCGGGAACCGCCACCGCAGCCACGACUGCCACCAGUGCCGCCGACACAGCCAGCCAGCUCUCGUACGAAAACUAUGGCGGGCACACGGGCUUCCCUGCCAGCGCCGGCUACGCCACGUACCGCCUGGCCUACCCACAGCCGCCCGGCCCCACCUUGGACGGCCGAGCUCCUUACGACACGUACGACCCCCUGGGGAAAUACACCACCGCCACCCGCUUCUCCUACACCUCUUCGGACUACGGGCAGCGGUUCCAGCAGCGGAUGCAGACGCACGUCUGAAGCCGAAUUUGGGGGGACUUGGGGCUGGGAGGGGAGGGUAGUGGGGAGGGUGGGGAAGGGGCUGCAGGUACCUCAUGACUGUUCCCUGAUAUUCAGGGGCACGUUUUUGUUUGUUCUUCCCCACCUUCACCCCGUUUCCUUGACCCUUCCCUCCCUUUGCCCACCUGCAGGCUGGACUCGCAGACGGUGCCCGCAGCCAUCAAAAUCCCCUCCUUUGCCUCGGUUUCACUACGACCCAGGAGCCCUCUUUUCUUCUCUUCCUUUUUCCAACCUUGUUUUUUUUCUGCCGUCAUUUUGCAUUUCUUGCAAAAUGAGGGACGUGGGAGUUCUCCGAUGAUCCCACCUUUUCUCUUUUUAGGGUAAGCAAGGAAGGAGGAGGCACGCUUUUCUCCUUGCCAUGGUCUCUUAUCUUCUUCCUCGUCUGGUUCCAUUGCAAUUCCUUUUCUUGCAUUGUGUCUCUGUGUUGGUGGAUCUGCUCUGGGGUAUGGUCUGAACUUCAGAAAAGCAACCCAAGGUGUUCCAAGCCCUGUUCCACCAUCAUAAAUAGCUCCAUCUUCUUUCUAAGGGUAGCACACAACACAAACAUGCACAGGUUGGGCUUGCUGCAAGGGUGGCAUCCUAACAAGAUCCCAAAGAAAGAUGGGAGACUUCAAGGGUCAGCAAGAGGAAGGAGAGGGUGACCAACUUUUAUAUCUUGGCAUAGGGAUGGUCAGUCUCCCAAGGGUUUUUUCCUCUCUGGGAAGACCACACUUCCAUAUUGAUUUUUGGGGUCCCCCCAAAGCAAUUCUGUAAGCACUUUGCAGAAAUUAGGUACGAGAGCAACCCAGGCAGAUCUGCGUGUCUCCUCCUUCCAAUCCCCCCCAAAAAGUCCCGAAUUCUGUCUGAAAUAUUAAACUCCAAAGAGCCAGAGAAGGCAUUAAGCUGCAUUAGGAUGCAUAAUUUAACUUGCUCCUAAGAGGUUUCUGGUUGUUGUUUUUCUUUUUCACAUUCCUUUCUUUCUUUUCUAGCAAAGCAUUGGAUGGAGGAGCAGGAAAAUGGGGGCAUUCUCACGAAGGUAGAUGGAGGAAGAGUGGGGGAGAGUCUGGGGAUUCAGAGAAGAUUCAUAGAUGCAGCCAGGCCCUUGCCCAGGACUUUAGGAAGUUACUUUUUUGUACUGCAACUCCCAGAAUCCACUAGCCAUUGGAGGUAUAGCACCUUGAAUUUUUGUGGUGAAGGCUUGAGGGACUUUUCCACCUCCUUUUCCUUCUUCUCUGCACAAAACGCCUUUUCUGCCCACCUUUUUGGGACUCCUUUCUUAUUCUUUUGUAUCCAAAGGGUCGACUGGUCAUCUAGCGGUCACCUCUCUCCUUCUCUCUCUCUGCCUUUUCUUGACCGCCAAUCUUUUUGGGCUCGCAAUGCAAAGGUUGGCUAAAAGCAAUUCCCUCCGCCUUUUGAGACAUGUUUAUACGUGUGUUGAUAUAUAUAUUUUUCAUUGAUCUGUUAAUGUUUCCCUGCUCUUCCAUCUUUGUUCCAAUUGCACAAGACCACUACCCUACUUGCAAAAGAUCAUCCCCAUUUCUUUAUGUGCACCUUUGAAAAAACCCAGCUCAAAUAGAUUCCAAAAGACCCGCAGCAGUGUUGUCACGAGUUCGAGUAGAAGUCAGAAGGUGGACAAAUGGAUGGAUGGAUAGAUGGAAGGAGGGUUUGCAAAAGCAAAAGAAGGCCAAAGCCAUGGAGACAUCCACCUCAUGGCUUGGAAAUACUAGGAAAAUUUGGACUAAUAGUACGUCUCUAUUCCUUCCAUGUAUCCCCCAAACAUUGCCCAUCUCCGCACAACGUACCCAGUUGCGAUCCUAGGAACCCUCCAAAAUAAGGACACACAUCCCCUUCUCCCUUGGGCUACUAACUCAGUUUUGCAGGUCACUUAAAUUUGUGACCAUCUUGUAGCCGCUGGUGUGAGAAUGGACAUAAUGGAGGCAGUGACCUUUGCAAAACUGCAGCUGCUUCAAAAUUAUAGCACUAUGAUUCCACUUUAAU